ACAUCCACUGAUGACAUCCACAGCACAUCUUUUACACGGUUCAAAAUGAGCGACAUCAUCACCGGCAUCUUUUUCGAUGCAGAAUGCAGACGUGAUAGCCAUUAUGUUCAACCCGUACUGUACUGAUUGAAGAGGACAGGUGGCUCGUGGAGUAAAUAACUUAUAAGUGUAUAUACCCAGCUAGGUCAUUUCUGCUAGGUCAUUCCUAGUAAGUGGAUAUACUGACAUACAGACUUCAGGCUCUUCUUUAAUUAAAAAUGCAUUUUUAAUUAAUUGCAUUCAAGUUUUCAUUGACAAUUAAAUAACCACAAUUGCACACACUGGCUUCAUAACAUCAGCGAUUUGAGCAUGCACUGAGAAUCACUGAUAUGUGAUUAGAAAGUGCAAACGAAACGCAUUUAUUGUUCACUAAAAUGAAUGAAAUAGCAGAUUUGUUAUCAAAGGCCUGACUCGUAGGUACAAUCAAUCAAUCAAUGUGAGCUUUAGGCACGUCGUGCACUGUGUGUGUGUGUGUGUGUGUGUGUCAGGCUCUAUAAGCCGCUCGGACUAUUUUAUUUUUGGAGCGUGACAUUCUCACUGCCCUUUCGCGUGUUGCAGUUUGUGCUCGCGCCCGCGUGCACAGUAACAUACUGUUGCUGCAUCAUGGACUGAUUUGGACGUCUAGAGAAGCAAAAAAUCGGAACUACACUUAAACAAACAAACAAACAGCAGAGAAUACUGAUGCAUCAAGGUUGCACCUGAGUUUCCUUGGAUAAUCUGUGAAACCAUCAUCAUGACCAAAGAUGACGAGAUCCCAGACUGGGUGGGAGCUCAGGAGUUCUACCAAAAAUAUGAUCCCAAGGAGAUCCUCGGAAGGGGAGUCAGCAGCGUGGUCCGACGCUGUGUAAAUAAACGUACAACUCAGGAAUAUGCGGUAAAAAUCAUUGACAUAACACCAUCAGAUAAAAUGACACCUCAAGAGAUUACGGAGAUCAGGGAAGCCACAGUGAAAGAGAUCGAGAUCCUGAGGAAAGUGUGUGGGCAAGAGAACAUAAUUCAACUGAAGGACUGCUAUGAGACAAAAGCCUUCUUCUUCUUGGUCUUUGACUUGAUGAAAAAAGGAGAGCUGUUUGAUUAUCUCACUGAGAAAGUUACACUGAGUGAGAAAGAGACAAGAAAGAUUAUGCGUGCUUUGCUAGAAGUGAUCAGCUUCCUUCACUCCCAGAACAUAGUUCACAGAGACCUGAAGCCUGAGAACAUCCUCCUGGAUGACAACAUGAACAUCAAACUGACUGAUUUUGGCUUCGCUGUCCAGAUUGCACCGCAGCAGAAGCUCAAUGAGGUAUGUGGAACACCUGGUUAUUUGGCUCCAGAAAUCAUUGAGUGCUCCAUGGAUCCUCAUCAUCCAGGCUAUGGCACUGCAGUGGAUAUCUGGAGUGCUGGUGUGAUCAUGUACACACUGCUGGCUGGAUCUCCUCCAUUCUGGCACAGGAAACAGAUGCUGAUGCUGCGUAUGAUACUGGCAGGAAACUACCAGUUCACAUCUCCAGAGUGGGAUGAUCGCUCAGACACAGUCAAAGAUCUGAUCUCCAAAAUGUUGGUGGUGAAUCCAGAACAACGCUACACAGCCUUCGAUACCUUAAAUCACCCAUUCUUUCAGCAGUAUGUGGUCGAGGAGGUGCGACAUUUCAGUCCAUACAGGAAGUUUAAAGUCAUCUGUAUGACCGUCCUUGCUUCAGUGCGCAUUUACUGCAACUAUCGUCGUGUCAAACCCAUCACCAAGGACGUGAUCAAGAGUGACCCCUAUGCAGUGAAACCAAUUCGCAAACUCAUCGAUGCCUGUGCAUUCAAGAUCUAUGGACACUGGGUGAAGAAGGGCCAGGCGCAGAACAGAGCAGCCCUGUUCGAGAACAGCCCAAAGGCCAUUUUACUCUCUUUAGCAGCCGAGGCUGAAAAUUCAUCAUUGCGAACAUGGUAGACGAAAAGGAGACAUCUGAAAUGAAGGAAACAGGAAAAUAAGAAAGUGGCUUGAUCAAGAAUGUUACAAAUCCUUUUUCUUGAAUGUGUUGCUAUGCUAAAUUCAGGAAACUGACAUGUAAUCUUAUUUUGCAAUGGUAAAUAUGCAAAUAUUUUUUAGUUAUAAUUUAUUUAAAAGUAAGGAGAGCAACUCUGAGUUGUACUGUAAAAGAAAUAUGCUCUAAAUUAAUUCAUUUUGUUUGACAUUAUGGAAGCUGAAAUAUUUGUAUAUCUCCAGGGAUUCAGCAAUAGAUGUGUGUUUAAAUCUCAUUAAUAAGCUUAAACAUACCUCACAUAUGUACAGUGUGGCCAGAAAUGGGUGUUUUAACUAUAUACUCAUAAAACUAUUUAACUUGUUAGAUGUAAAGCAAAAUUAAUUAAAAGCAGCAUUAAUGAAAGAGAUAUUGCCUCAAAUGAGUUGUAUUUUGACCCUCUCAACUGCCUUGGAGGCUGAGAAUCACCUUCUGUGCGCAUACAGGUAAAUAUGGAUGUAUAUAUGGGUAGUGCGGUAGUGAAAGAAAAAGGACUAAGAGCCUAUGAUGAGGCCAACUUCGGCAUUGUCUAAAGGUAAAGGCUUAUAAACCGGGCACACAGCUGAUACCUAAAACAAAUCGGAAGACAAAUGACCAGGGGAACAUCUGGAUAUUUCUGCUCCUUGUCAUGACAGCAAAAGAAAACCACUAUUAUUUAGGGCGAUACGUCAACGCGUCCGCCAUAUUGGAAAGGGACAGACUCCAAUCGUAAAGCCAAUCAGAGACGUGGGUCUAACAUGAUAAAAUCAGCUAUAGCUGGCUUAUAACUAUAUAAACUAUAGUUAUAUAUACUAUGCUGUUUAAAAAAAAAAUCACAAUUCUACUGAUAAUGCAAACAAACA